AUGACUGGGUCGCAGUUGGUGGUGUUUUCGGGGGAGCGAGGUUCGCUGGUAUCGCUGGAGCGUACGGGUGGUGGGCGACAUUACGCAAGGAAGAGUCGUUGGGAGAAGCGGAAUCAGAAUAAUGAGGGGCUGUGGGGUACCAGUCGCCCUUUCUUACCGCCACCAUAUGUGGAUUUACCGAGUGCGUUGAGUUUGAAUGAGAGCAGUCAGUUUCUAAAGGAGCAACGUUUGACUGAGUUGAAUGACAGGUUAUUAUUCGGUGAGUUGGAGCUGGGUGACCCGGAUAUCCGGCCGCCAUCUCCGCCUCCUGUGUAUGAUGCGGAAGGUAAUCGGACGAACAAGCGUGAGGCGGUGGUCCAGAGCCAGAUGGUUGCGGAACAGCAGCGACUAAUGGAGGCGAUGUUGGCGACUGUGCCUAACUUUGAGGCACCUCCAGAGUUCAAGUCGAUCAAGAAGGUGCGCCGUAUCCUCAUUCCGCAGGAGGAGUACCCCGACUACAACUUCAUGGGGCUCAUCAUCGGUCCCAGAGGUUGUAAUCACAAACGGCUAGAAAACGAGUCUGGCGCACAAAUUUCGAUCCGUGGUCAGGGUACGCAAAAGGAUGGCAAAAAAUGCGACCAUCAAACCCCCGAGGAAGCCGCUCUCCCUCAGCAUGUGCAUAUCGCGGCGGAUACUGAAGAGAAGGUCGAGAAAGCUGUUGCACUUAUUGAACCACUCCUUGACCCCUCACAUCCCGUACACGAAGAGUACAAGAAGAAGGGCCUUCAACAACUCGCCCAAGUAACUGGCGCCAACUCUGUCGCCACCGGUCCCGGUCCCGGGCAACUUGCACUUUCGCGACAAGACGCGCAAUGCUCCGUCUGCGGCCAACUGGGCCACUUCAGUUAUGAAUGCCCCGAAGUCCGUUUCGAAACUUACGACAUGGCCAACGUACAGUGUCUCCUCUGCGGAGACCGCGGACAUGUCACCUCCGACUGCUACAUCGCCAAAGAACGCGGUCUCACUCCUCAAGAUAUCGCCGUCUUACGCCAACGCUUGAACCCCCCAGGAGGAGCACCGGUCGGGGCGCCACCGGGCCCACCUCUCGGAGGACCCCUUGGGGGACCUUCCGGAGACGCCUUCCACACAGACUUCAAUGCCUCCUACUACCAGGCCCAAAGCAACUAUCACCAACAAAACCCCUACCACCCGCAAGUCCCUGCAGGCGCCGCUGCCUACUUCAGCAACAUCCAAAAAACCUACAUCCCGCCACCCGCCCCCCACCUACCACCCACCGUCCACCUACCCGUCUCCCACGGCGUCCCCGCUCCAGGUGUCCCUCUACCAAACGCACAACUAUCAGGGGUACAACUACCAGGGGUCUGCUCACACCUCGUAAGUCCGAUCUGCUGGGCCAAGGUGGCUUUAUAUCAGCAGAAAAAUAUGCACUGGUGCAAUGAGGGAGUUGCGAUGGCUGCAGCAGCAACGAUGGUGCGUGAGGACUUGGGGGACGUGGUGGAAGGCCGGCUGAAUUCGGCGGUGUUGAAGUGCCGGCAAUUGUUGGGUCCGUAUUUUUGCGUCAGUCAAUCAUACGUUGCGCGGAAGUGUUUGCUGUUACUGCUCCCGUUUGUACCACUGCACAAGGGCGCUAUGAAACGCAACGACUCCUUCCCAGACCUCAUUGCUCGCCAGUGGGAGGCUCCUACAGGAGCGCGCUCGGGAUCGAACACGCGUGCGAUGGCCGGUUCGAACACGCGUGCUAACGCCGGAUCAAAUAACACAGGGACGCUCGGGGGAGACUUCAUGGAAAAAAACUUCCUAGACAGCGAGACACAAGAUCUGGACCGCGCCAUCGGAGAACCCGACCUCUACAUUCCCGCCACCGCCUUCAUUACAUACAUUCUUCUCUACGCCGCGCUACACGCCAAAUUCAGUCCCAACGAGCUCUCCCACAGAUUCUCCAUGGCACUACUCUUCAUAGGCCUCGAGUCGCUUGUCUGUUGGGGAGCAAAGACGGUCCUCUGGAUCCCGAAUAAUUCACUGCUCGAGUCUCUAUCCAUGGUCUCUUAUAAAUAUCUACAGUAUCGCCGCCAGCCCUAA